UUCAGGACAAGCAGAGUAAUAUCUUGUCGGUGCUGCCAGACCCGACCAGGACAGCCAUGGGCGUGAUACGAGUCGCCGUGAUCGGGGCGGGCGCGGCAGGGCUGUCGUCCGCCAGGCACCUGAUCGCCGACCCGGCCCGCUUCACCUGCACCGUGUUCGAGCAGACGGGCGCCGUGGGCGGCACCUGGGUCUACACCGACCAGGUGGGCACGGACGAGUUCGGCCUGCCCGUGCACUCCAGCAUGUACAAGAGCCUCCGUACCAACCUCCCCAAGGAGGUGAUGGGCUUCCCGGACUACCCCAUACCCGAGCAGGAGCGCUCGUACCUGCCCGCCAAGGACAUCCUGCAGUUCCUCAACGACUACGCGGACCACUUCCACGUCCGCGAGCGCGUCCGCUUCUACCACCACGUCAAGAGCGUGACCCCCAAGGCCGAUGGCGGCUGGACCGUCGUCACCGUCGACCUCAAGUCCAAGCAGCUCCAGACCGAAGAGUUCGACGCCGUCAUGGUGUGCAACGGCCACUACUCUAAGCCCUUCCUGCCCACUCUACCGGGUGCCGAUGUAUUCCAAGGACAGACCCUGCACAGCCACGACUACCGCACCCCGGACGCCUUCAAGGGCCGCAACGUUGUGGUGAUCGGGGCCGGGCCUUCGGGCAUGGACCUGUGUCUGGAGGUGGCGCGCGGCGGGGCCGCCAGCGUGAUCCUCAGCCACCACUGGCCCGAGCCCAUCAAGACCCGCUUCCCGGACAACGUGCGCCAGGCGCCCGACGUGGCCAGGAUGACCGAGCGCGGCGUGGACUUCGUCGACGGCACGUCCGCCCCCUGCGACCUGGUCUUCUACUGCACCGGCUACCUCUACACCUUCCCCUUCCUGAGCGACGAGUGCCGCGUCCGCGUGGUGGACAACCACGUGCAGCCCCUGUACAAGCACCUGGUGCACAUCGACUACCCGACCCUGGCUCUGGUCGGGCUGCCCUUCUACGUGUGCGCCAACUCGCUGUUCGACCUCCAGGCCCGGUUCUUCCUGCGCACCCUGACGGGACAGGUGGCGCUGCCCAGCAGGCAGGAGAUGCUGGCCGACACGGAGAGAGAGAUGGACUUGCGGCGCGCCAAGGGCAUGAAGAGGAGGCAGGCGCACAUGAUGGGGCCGAUGCAGGUGCGUAGCUUCUCCUCUGCAAAAUUUAUUCGAUUUACUGGGCGCCCGGGCCGAGUCAACAGAGGGGUCCUUCACUAUAAAUUGUAGCGUA